AUGAAAGGGGAUGUGGCGAUUAGUGGAUGCUGCUGUUAUUGUCCUCUAGAUGGCAGUAGUGCUGAGCACACAGUUAGCAGAGGCAUUAUCCGAGUAAAAGCUCAGAGCAAGGAAAACUCGUGUGGAGGUUCAGUGCUGAAGAAAUCACGACAACACACUCCAGCUUUUAUAUUGAACCUUCUGCUGCCAGACUGUUUAUCUGACGGACACUUCAGCUGCUUGCCUUUAUUCAGUAUAUAUUGGGGCUCAACUGUAAAUUCCUCUACAGAAGCGAUCAGGAACACUGGACUUUAUUUCAGCUGAUAUUUCAUACACAAACAGGCCUGAUGGAGGAGACACACCAUGUUAAAAUGAGAGCAAAAACAAAAUCACUGAAGAGAAAAGACAAAAAACGUGUCACCUGCACUCAGUGUGGAAAGAGUCUGGCAAACAAAGAGAAUCUCAAGAGCCACAUGAGGAUCCACACCGGAGAGAGACCAUUCACAUGUUCUCAGUGUGGGAAGGGUUUCAGAGAUGCAUCAAACCUUAGUAGACACAUGUUGAUCCACUUUGGAGAGAAAACACACAAGUGUGAUCAGUGCGGAAAAUCAUUUCUGUUGGCUUCAAGCCUGAAUGAUCACCUUAGAGUUCAUUCAACUGAGAAGCCUUCAUGCUCUGUGUGUGGAAAGAGUUUUGCAUACGAAGGAAAUUUAAGAAAACAUCAGAAGAUCCACACCGGUGUGAGAGAGUAUGUGUGCUCUGAGUGUGGGAAGACUUUUAUUACAUCUACAAGCUUACAACAACACCAGAUGAUUCACACUGGAGAGAAACCUUAUAUAUGUUCACACUGCAGCAUGAGAUUUAGUCAGUUUUCACAUCUGAAAACACACGAGAGGAUUCACACUGGAGAGAAACCGUACAAGUGUUCACACUGCGACAAGAGAUUUACUCAGUUGGGAAGCCAGAAAACACAUGAGAGGACUCACACUGGAGAGAAACUGUACAAGUGUUCACUCUGCAAUGUAAGAUUCGGUCAUUUAUUAAGCCUGAGAACACACGAGAGGAUUCACACUGGAGAGAAACCGUACAUGUGUUCACACUGCGACAUGAGAUUCAGUCAGUCAUCACAAAUGAAAUCACAUGAGAGGAUUCACACUGGAGAGAAACCUUACAAGUGUUCACACUGCGACAAAAGAUUCAAUCAGUUAGGAAGCCAGAAAAGACAUGAGAGGACUCACACCGGAGAGAGACCGUACAAGUGUUCCCACUGCGACAACAGAUUCAAUCAGAUAGCACAUCUGAAAUCACAUGAGAGGAUUCACACUGGAGAGAAACCGUACAAGUGUUCACACUGCGACAUGAGAUUCAGUCAGUUAAGAAGCCUGCAAAUACAUGAGAGGAUUCACACUGGAGAGAAACAAGUGAGAUUCAGUCAGUCAGAAACAUUGAAAAACACACAAGAGUGUCACGUCUGAGAGUAACCUUAACAAAUAUGCAAACUUGCAGUAUUGAUGGGUUGUUCUGGAACAAAUCUUUAAUGUGACUCUGCAGUAACGAGUCCUUUCAGAGUGAUUCUUUCAUUGCUCUGUGUACAGAUAGGGGAAUAGUUCAAGAGGUCAAUAGUUAAAUCAAUAUUUUUAUCUGGAAGAGCUCAACUCUUUCAGUAUUCACUGCACCCAAAAUGUGUUAAACCCUGUCAAUACACAUUUAAAAGAUAUUGGAGAAUGUUUUGUUCUUUAAGUUUAGGAUAAUUCAUUAAUAUAGAUCGAUUAAAAUAUUCUACAAUGGCA